GGGGAUGUUGGAGGUGAAUAGAACUGUAUACACACUGAACUCUAUGAAAGUUGAGCAUUUCCCUUUUGCAGACUCUGCCGCCCUCUAGUGGAAGCUGCGCUGUGGGAGGAGAGGGUGCAGGUCAGGUUGUUAUGGUGAGGCAUUUCCCCUGAGGGCUGGCAGGCAGGAGCUGGAGCGGUGGACAGCAGCUGACUCGGUUUUCAUAGCCGCCGCCGCUGACAGCCACUUCAACAGACUGGAUCACAGAAGAGCAGCUAACUACAGCCUCUCUACUGUCAACACUUCACCUGAAGAAUGUUCAUCAACAAGAAAAAGCCAUGCAGUGUUUACUUAGCACCUCAAUUGGAUUUAUGAAAUAAUCUGGUACUGGAGAGGACAUGGUCUGAAUCCUGCAUCUGUUGUCAUUGAGCGUCCCAGUUCUAUCUGCAUAAUGCACAUGUUUGUUCAUCGCCAGUGGAUUCUGAAAUCGCCACCCCCUGUUGAAUCCAGUUCUUGGACAUUAUCAGCCCCAAAUUAAACACUUUGGGGGGGAAAAGCGAGUCCACAAAGCUGAGAGUUUGUGUCCUCCCUUUCUCUUUUUCUCUCUUUGAAUGUAUUAUUGCAAGAUCAUCUACAGGUGAAAUGGAAAGGACUGAAAGUUUGCAGAAGCUAGCACUUUUUCCUUUCGGUAAUAAGUCAACAGCAUUUCAUUUUGGUCCAAUAAAAGUGUUUAUAUAAAACAUUGAUAAAACCCAAUUGUAAUGAUGGAGAUAUUUAGAGAAAAAGCAACUUGACUUAAUUUAUUUUUCAUCACUUCCAUUUUUUGUAAUUUAUUUAUUUAUGCCUUUUUUAUGUUCUGCUAAACAUUGUGAUGUAGUUCUUUGACCCAAGAGAAGACUAAUACAAAGUUUUGAAACCACUAAAAGAAUCUAAUCUCGGAGAACGAGCCGAACACAGGCACGGGAUAACCGCAACCCUGGUCGCCAUGGCAGCAGACCAUGGCGAACUGCUGGCCGAGAUGGCCACGGUCGGGCGUCUGAGUGCCACGGAGCGCCUGAAGCAUGCCCAGAAACGCCGCGCCCAGCAGCUGAAGGCGUGGGCGCAGAUGGAAAAGGACGCGUCCCGAGGAUCCAGGGCCAAGGCGGACAAGAAGAAGAAACGCACUACAAAAGUAAAGUUCCCCAACUCUGUCACAUUGCUGGAAGCAGCGGCCCGCAACGACGUUGAGGAGGUGAGAGAGCUGCUCAACAGCGGUGUCAGCCCAGAUCUGGUCAAUGAGGACGGACUGACAGCCCUGCAUCAGUGCUGCAUCGACGACUUUGUGGAGAUAGUUCAGUGCCUGCUAGAUGCUGGUGCCUCGGUGAACGCCUGCGACAGUGAGCUGUGGACGCCGCUGCACGCUGCUGCCACCUGUGGACACACUGGACUAGUGCAGCUCCUCAUUCAGGCUGGAGCCAACCUGCUGGCUGUCAAUGCAGACGGCAACAUGGCCUAUGACCUCUGUGAGGAUGAGGCUACACUGGAGCUGCUAGAGAUGGUUAUGGCUGAGCAGGGGAUAACUCAGAAGCGGAUAGAUGAAUGCAGAGGCGCGAAAGAGCUGGCCAUGCUUGCUGACGUGGAGGCUUUGAUUAACUCCGGAGCAGAUUUAAAUGCACAAGACAACAAUGGGGCGACGCUGCUCCACAUAGCAUCUGCCAAUGGCUACAUGUCUGUAGCAGAGCUGCUAGUCGACCAAAGGGCUCAGCUGGAACUGAAAGACUCUGACGGAUGGACGCCGCUUCACGCUGCCGCCUGCUGGGGACAGAUCCAAGUGGUGGAGCUGCUGGUGGCUCACGGAGCCAAUCUGAACUCCAAGUCUGUUUUAGAUGAGACGCCGCUCGAUGUGUGUAUCGAUGAGGAGGUCAGAGCCAAACUGACGGACUUGAAGAACAAACACGACGCCAUCAUGAAAAGUCAGGACAAGCAGAAGGGCACGCUGCAAAGACGAGUGUCCAGCACUGGAAGCAGAGGGAAGGUUGUGCGUCGGGUCAGCGUGAACGAACGCUCCAGUCUGUACCGCCGGGAGCACCACAGGGAGGCCAUCGUCUGGCAGGAGCCGGCGACCACACCUGAACCGCAGGACGACGACGAGGACAGACAGACUGACAUUGAGCUGCUUCGGCAUGCUCACAUGGUUGCUACCGGAGCAGCAACGACACGCUUGGAGGAACUGGAGGUUGCCGACAGAAAGAUCGCGUCAUCUAGCGUGGCGAACGGGGAGACAUCCGUGUCUCUGGCUUCCUCUGUGCCUGGUGAGCUGUGGAGCGGCGGGGGCCGCAUGGAUCGCAGCGGCACCUACGAGCUCAGUCCUGCGUCCCGGCAAGCGGAGGGCGAGGGCGCGGACAGCAUGACCCGGGAGAAAUCGCACCACACCCUGGCCGACCUGAAGCGCCAGCGCGCGGCUGCCAAGCUCAAUAAGUAUCCUGCACCUCCUCCCCCGCUGCCCUCCACCGCCGAGGUGGAGGAGCCUCCUGUCGCCGCGACGACCCCUCAGGCUCAAUCAGAAAUCCAAACGAUCCCGACUCCAGAGCAGUCGUCGUCUCCCAGUCAGGUGUUCUUCACCCCAGCCAGCGGAGAUCCUCCCUUGCUGAAACUGCGGGCCCCUGAAGAGGAGCAGACCAACAACAAGGAGCCAUGCUGUGGCCUCAUGUAGACGCUCUCUGCUGCCUGCAGGGGGCAGAAGCACUCCAAAGUGACAAAACACAUUUAAAAACAGACUUGAUUGCAAUGCAUCACUGAAGACUGUCAGUUCAGGCCUCAUGCAAUCUGAUCUCUCAACAGAACGUGUAAUGACUACGUUGGUUUAGAAAUUCAAUACGCAGAUUCUCUAAAAAUGAUUAAACACAGAGAUAAAGCUUCUGACUCACUAAGGAAUUAAAGUGCCUUGCAAAAUUAUUUACUACACUUUUUUUCAUCUUUUAUCGAACCACAAACUUUACUGUAUUUUAUGAGGAUUUCAUCUGAUAUCCAACACCUUGUGUUGGCCUAGCUAUGUAGUGGAUAGGAUAGAAAAGGAGAAAUGGUUGCCAAUGUUUCAUUUUUUUCUUUAUUAUAUACAAAUGUAGAUCUGACCUUUGGCUCGUAUUUGUGCACUUUGUAGAACCAGCUUUUGCUGUUGUUGCAGCUUUUAUCUCCACCAGCUUUGCUCACCUAGACAUUUGUCUUUUUCACAUUUCUCAUUACAAAUUAGCUCGAGUUCAGUUCACUCUGCCAGAUGAAGAUGCUUUUUCGGAGUCACCGGUUUGUUGCUCUGGCUGCGUGUUCAGAAGUUGAAUUUCAACCUCAGACUCGGGUUUCAUGGCAUUGAUUUUCUUUUCUUUUCUUUUUCCCCCCUACGUUUUUUCUGUGUUUAGGCAUGUUCAUCUCCCAUCAACCUGACCGACUUUUCUAUCCCGGCUGACAAAAACUGUUCCCAAAGCUUAAUGCUGCCACCACUACGUGUCAUGUUAGCUUUUCUAAAUACAUCGAACAAAAGGUUGAAUUUUGGUCCUUCUUUCAAUAACAGUUUCUUCUUACCAGUCUUUCAUAAAAGGAAAGAUUAGUUGAGAGCACCACGUACAGCUCCCUUGUCAACAGAUUCUCCCAACUUCAUCUUCAUGAUGCUGUUUCUUAUCUAAUAUUCUCUUAUUAAGUCUCAUUACUCAACAGAAAGCACUUGGCUGCAAUGAAUUUUGUGUAAGGAUAUUAGAUUAAAAGGAGUUGAGCACAAAAUCACACCACACUUUAUUUGUGCACACAUUAAAGACAUUCAUUGUCUUCAUUCAGUUUCUCUUGUAAAUCCCAUAAAAUCCUAUCAAAAUGCAUUUGUUUGUGGUUUUCAUGUGACAAAAUGUGAAGAGGUUUAAGUACCUUUGUAGGGCGCAGGACAUGGCUUUAAUAAAUGGUGACAGUAUCAACGGUAGUUGAUAUUCUUGAUUUGGCCACAACUACUGUAAUAUGUGAUGUAAAAACUCGGUGGCUGCUUUUCACCAUAUUUUAAUCCCCCCCCCCAUUUUUUUUGUGCUUUCUUAAAUACUUCACCCUCAUUCACAAAUAAUUGGGAAAGGAGAAUUAAAGUACAUCUUUAAAAUCAUGAUUUGGUUUACAUUUUCGUUUUAGAUACUCACAUAUAGUCUACUUCUACUUCUAGGCAUGUUUGAUCUACCAACUAGGCCAUGCACGGCUACAGUAUGGCCUAGUGACACAUUUCCUUCUCAGAUUUUUAUUCUAAAACAUUCGAAAUACGGAGGAACGUUCUCGUUGCACGUUUUCUGGUGAGACUGGGCUGCCCCAGUGCCAAUAAUGGUUUGAUGUCCAGUUUGUUUAUUUCGCCCAUGUUUCUUCUUCUCCAAUCACCUACACACUCCAGCUUUGCCCCCCUGCUGGGAGGCAAUCGUUUCUGUUGAAUGUAAAGUUUUCACUUGAACUCAGGAGAACUCCAGUAUCCAGUUUGCCUAGAAAUGUGAGUCGGCAUAAACAUGAAGUUGUCUACUUCAUCGAGUAAUUCCUCUUGAUACGGAAAGAGGUUUUCUUUAAUGUAUGUCGAUACAUUAAUGAGGGUUUUUUUUUUUACGUUUGGAUUUUUGAAUGAUUUACAGCUUUGUAUUUUGAAUUUAGAAAAAUGUUUGUUCUUUACCAAUCAAAAAAUUUACACUUCAAUAAUGUAAUGGUGCAAUUUGUACAUUUAUUUUCCUUUGAUAUGAAGCUAUUUCUCUUUAAAUCAAUGUACAAUUUACAUUUGUCAAAACCUGAUCUCCAUUCUUCUGUCAGUAUUUGUUUUUCUACUCUCAGAAUUUAAUCACAUUAUUUAUUUGUCUUACUUUGGAGGGGGGGAAAAAAACAUCUUUAAAAGGUGAUGACAUGAAGGAAAAACCGAAAGACAAAUAUUUUUGCAUUCACAUAAUGAUCAAAGAGUUAUUUAAUUGUCACAUUGAUAAUCAGAGUUUAGUGCCUUCAUUUUGUGGCUGGUUUAACAUUGGUUUGCAGUUGGUGCACAAUGACCCACAAAUGACGUCGGCGAGCUUUGAGAUUAAAUAUGAUGGACUUGAUGAACGUUUUAAUGCACUGUGUUUACUGUAAAACAUCACUGUUUUGUUUUUAUUGAUUCCUGUUGAGGGGAAAAAAAGACUUAAAUACAUUCUUUUCACAAAUCAA